CAGUGAUGUAUAUAAAUAAAGGUAUUCUGAUGAGUACAUCAUAAAUAUUCACCCACCCUCUCACCCCCCUCUCCUCAUCAUGCAACUCUUUCAAUUGCAAUUGUCAGCCUUAGUCGGCUUGGCGUUAUGGACAUCUUCUGUUUCCGCUCUAUUCCCCGCAACAAAUGCAACAAAAUCAGCAGGUCAACAAGCAUGUUCUCAACUGAGUAAACAAUUGGGUAGCAAGGUAGCAUCAGUCGCCAUUGAUCCUUCCUAUAUCGUUUCAACAACAUACUAUUAUUCAGAACAACAGGCUGAAAAUAAACCUUCUUGCGUCGUUGCUCCAACGGCUUACAGUGAUGUUCAAUCAGCAAUGAAGACUAUCCGUCAAUACAAUUCAACACUUGCAAUCAAAGCAGGUGGACAUCAAACAAACAAUUAUUGGUCAUCCGUUGCAGGAGGAGUUUUGAUCGAUUUCAAAAAUAUGAAAUCAAAAUCAUUCACUCCAGGUUCCACUACCGGUUACUUCCAGCCUGGUAAUAGAUGGGAUGAUUUAUAUCAAUACUAUGCACAAUUCGGUAUGGUUCCCGUCGGUGGCCGUAUCGGUGGUGUUGGUUCAGGUCUCGCAAUCGGCGGUGGUUUGUCAUUCUUAUCUGCAGAAUACGGAUUGGCAUGCGAUCAAUUCACUCAACUUGACGUUGUAUUACCCGAUGGUUCAUUGGUUACAGCCACAAAGGAUAAUCAAUACAGUGACCUUUUGCUCGCCAUCAAAGGAGGCGGUAAUCAAUUUGGUAUCGUCGUUGGUUAUACUGUUCAAGUUUAUCCUCAAGAUCCAGAAGUUUACGGUGGUCUGUUGAUCUAUGGUGCAGAUCAAAUUGAUGCCGUUUACGAUCAAGUACUCAACUUCACAAAUCAAAACACAGAUCCAAAAGCAGCCGUAAUUGCAACUUUGGAUGUCAUUGGUCUUCCAAGCGCACUUGAUCUUGUUACUUACCCAGUACUAAAAGGUUUAACAACAUUCAUCAUUCUUUUCAACGUUUACAACGGCCCAGAUGGUCAACCAGCCUUUACACAAUUCGAAAAAAUUCCUCAUUUGUUGGACACACGCAAAAAGCAACCUUAUACUGCCGUUGCAAGUAUGGUUGACAUCGGUCACUUCUCAUCCGGAAGUGUUUCUUACCGUGCCGCAAGUCAUAACAGUAACACACCAACUUCCGCUGCAACUCUCAAAGCCGCCAUUCAAAAUUUCCAAGAUUUCGCAAAUACAGCUCAUGGUACUUAUGACAUUUUAAGCUUUGACGUUCAACCCGUUGCAGCAUCUCUUGUUCAACAAAGUAGAGCAAGAGGUGGAAAUGCACAAGAUAGCGUUGAUGGACCAUACUACUGGAUCAAUUAUUUGCAUAGCAGUCUACCUGGCCUGUACACCGGCGUCCCACAAGCUUUGGCUGAGUUGAAAACUGCCGUUGAAAAGACUCCAAACAAUGCAACACUCCCAAUCUUCUUGAACGAUGCCAAUGCAGAUCAACCAAUCCUUCAGUCUUACCAUGCUUACGAUAAACUUAAAGCUGCAAAAGCUAAAUACGAUCCUCAAAACUACUUCUCCACUCACAUGGGAGGACCAAGCUUUACUAACUAAGAUACAUUGUAAG